CGCCGUUCCCUUCGUCUUCUUGUCCACCCUCUUCCUACGCUUACAAAACCGCGCAUCCAUCAUCAUGGAAGUAGACGAUGAAGAAUUGCGGCCCUUGAAGGACCUGCUGGAUGAUUUAUGCGCCUCUUCUUUGCCUAUCACCAAAGAGAAAAUCUCUAAGGUGGCUGAAUGCGCGCUGCGAUACGUGCAAAAGUAUAAAAAGGUGGUGCACAUGAUCGAACGGUAUGCCAAGCAUUACGCCGGAGUCCGCUAUCGUUCGGCCGUCAUUUGCGUGAUCGACUCCCUUUGCACGAAAGCGCACCGGGCGCACAAAGAAAAAGAUGUCUUCAUACCCCGGUUUCGCCUCCGCCUGCUGGAGACAUUGCAAGGCGUGACGACCUUGGAAGGUCGUUCGGAGCGGGCUUUGAUGGACCGAAUUUUCGUGGAGUGGCGAAAACGAGGAUGGUUCGACGUCCCACCCUUGGCAACGCUGGCGGGCGAGAAGGAGGGAAAACCGACGCGCGGCACCCAAAACCCCCAAGGACAGGAAGGGCCCCGCAAAAGAGGGAAAAAGCGAACCGGAAGCACGGAAGUGCUCGAGUCCACCACCCCGCCGUACGACCCGCCCAGGACAAGCCGCGGGGUGCCGGGGAGGCUGACAGAGGACGGCAUGACCUCCCCCCAAAAUGAGGAAG